UUAGUUGUCAGCUGACUGCCAAUCCAAUUGGACCUGCUGCACGGCGCGAAUUUCGAUUGAGCUGCCCAUUUCGAUUUAUUUAAACAAAAAAAACGAAUUAUAUUCGUUGUUAACAACACGCCGUGUGUGCAUUUCUGUAUGUGCGCCUGCUAAUCGCUCGGGAAUCGUGAGUGCAAUUAAGUCGAAGACUCACUGCGGCCGGCAGUCAUCCAAGCUGCGCAGUAGGAAAAGGCCGAAGAAAUCUAGCCACUGCUGUUGCCGGGCUUAACUGCAAGAACAAACAAACGCAGGCACCAUGACGAACAUGCGGCCGCCGCAGAAGUCCAAGCUGCUGAAGGUCGUCAUACUGGGCGACGGGGGCGUGGGCAAGUCCGCCCUGCUCACCCGCUUCGUCGCCAACCGCUACGAGGAGAACAAUUUCCACACCAUCGGCGUGGAGUUCAUGAACAAGGACAUAGUCGUCGACGGGGAGCGCUACACUCUGCAGAUAUGGGACACCGCUGGCCAGGAGCGAUUCCGGGCUCUACGCACCCCGUUCUACAGGGGAUCGGACAUCUGCCUGCUCUGCUACGCACUCGACGACCGGGACAGCUUGAAGGGAUUGGGUGUGUGGCGCAAUGAGUUCCUUAACUACGCAGAUGUGGACCAGGACAAGUUUCCAUUCAUUGUGGUGGGAAAUAAGAACGACAUUCCAGCGCAGAAGCGACAGGUGAACUCCGACGCAGUGCAGCAGUGGUGCGCGGAGCAGAAGGUGGCCUGCCACAUCGAGACGUCCUCGAAGGCGGCCACCAAUGUGACGGAUGCCUUCGUCCUUGGCCUUCGCCAGUGGCGGCACAUGGAGUGCGUGGCCGAGGCGGAGCUGCGCCAGCACGGCGACACCAUCGACCUCACCCGCCCCAUUCGCCUGGUGCAGCGUCGCAUCUGUUGCACGGGCGGAGGAGGCGGCGGCAGCAGUGGGCAGGACGCGGAUGGCGAUGAUUCCGCCAUGCAAAGUCCGGGCAAGAAAGUGUUCGGCCAGAAGCGCAACGCCAGCAAGGCGCCAGCCACCAAUUAUCGGCUAUGAGCAGACAGACAGGAGCUGUCAGGGAACUUACGCUUAAUUUAACCACUCACCCCGCCGGGUCGACCUUCAGAUUCAACGCAUUCCAGUCCGCAGAGGGGAAGGAGGCACAGAUCAAAAAGCAACCACCCAAUGUUGAUGGCUGUAGAGUGGAUUGCCUCGUUGUGGUUGAUAUUCUAAGGGAACUAUGCUUCACAGCGAGCUAACUAUGAGCUAGCUUCACUGUCGAAAAUAGGAUCUCCAUUUUUACUAGCUAUGCUAUUAGAAUAUUGGAUUCAUAUGCAGUAAUACAUCUCUCUAAGUUAUUAUUUUGUUAUGUACCGUAUCGAAUAUAUGCGGUAUGAAUACUCUUAAUGGUUAAACAAUCGUAUAAGGCUUUACCAUAACCAAGUGUUUGGAGGAAAGCGAGCUUUAGGUGUCUAAUAUACUACUCAUAAGGCAAUCAGAAUGUACUAACUACACUUUA